AUGGGUGUACGGAUACUUUCAAAAAACAAUGCCAGAAUACAACUCGCAGAAUGGUUAAAAACAUUUCCUUCAUUGAAGAAUGCAAAACUUAAAAUAUUGAAUUCCAUGAAAUCUUCUACAACAUCUAAAAAUAUUCAAUAUCAUAACCCUCAACUUGAAUCACAAUAUGAAAGUUCAUUGCUACCAUUCUUUCAAAGUUCGCAAACCUCUCCCUCCAAAAUCAUAAUACCUCCAACGUCACCUUAUCAUCAUCAAUUGCCAACAUCAAAAACAACACGAAUUGAUAAAACACAUCAAGAUCAUCUUGAUAAUCAAAAUUCAUAUGAAAUCAAGGCGUAUCUUCCAGUUCUUUUGAGAUCAUUUAAGAAUCUACAAGAUAUAUUUGUGCAUCGAAACAUUGCUAAUCAAUUCAAAACCGACGAUGUUAAUAGCAUGUCAGAAUUAGAAUUUGCCGUGCAUUAUUUGAAAGUUGAACAUAUCAUAGUUUGCGGUCAUACAAAAUGUAAAGGGAUCGAAUCUGCCUGCGAAAAUCUUAGGAAUAAUCUGAACACAUGGUUAUCAGACAUUCGUAAGAUUAAAGAAUCUUGUCCUGAACUAUUUCCCGAUCAAGAAGCAAUAUCAAGAAUGGGUAAUAAUGAGAGAAAUAAAAUUCACAAAGCUUUGGUUAAAAAAAAUGUGAUUAAUCAAGUGCAAAAGAUUUCAUCAAGUGAGAUAGUUAAAGAAGCGUGGAGAGAGGAAAGGCGAAAGUUAGCAAUUCACGGAUGGGUCCUCAACAUGGAGAAUGGCCAUUUGGAAGAUUUAGGUAUCACUAUUAGAAAAUAA